CUAUCCCCAUUACCGGUGACAUCAUCCACCCCGACUAAAGAUAAGCUUAACUUUGGCCUCCUUCCAGACCGCGACGAACAGCGUCUCCUUCAUCUCCCUAAGUUCCCACUACUGUUCAAUCCGCCACCCAACCACCCAUUCAUCCCAGCAUGUCCAAACGAAUCAGCUCCUUCUUCCAACCUCUUCCGUCCAAGAAACCCAAAGUCGAUGCUGCAAUCCCAGCUGCCGCCCCAGCAACCUACACCCACCACCCCAGCUAUCCCAUCCCGAUCCGCGACCCUCCGAGCACCAUCUCCACGCGUCUAUCCAAUCCACCCCCAUGUACCCCCAAAGCCAUAACCAACCAACCCCACUUGGACCUCCUCUACUUUCAACCAUUUCUCCCCGCUCCCCUCGCGCGUGAACUGUUCCAAUUCCUUCGAGCCGAACUCCCCUUUUACCGAGUGAAAUACACCAUCCGCCGCGGUGGCACACCCACCUCCAUCAACACGCCAAGAUUCACAACCGUUUUUGGCGUGGACGAUACCUCAACGUUCAUUCCUGAUUCUACCACGGAAGAUGACUCCCAACGCUCAGCCAAAUCUCGAAUAUUGGUCGAUAGUAAAACCCAUGCCCCUCUCAGCGACGAUAAGAAAUAUCACCCCCAUCAACCUCGACCCAUCCCGCCCUGUCUAGAUGUCCUCCGCCAAGCGGUCGAGGCGGCCACCGAUGACGGGACGAAAUACAACUUCGUCUUGGUGAAUUACUACGCUUCGGGCGAGGAUAGUAUCUCGUAUCACUCGGAUGAUGAACGGUUUCUGGGGCCCAGACCGACUAUUGCGUCCAUAUCGCUUGGCGAGAGGAGAGCUUUCCUCUUGAAGCAUAAAGUGGGUGCUACUGGGGAGGUUGGAAACGGGGCCGGGAAACCCCUCAAGUUUCCCCUCGCCUCGGGUGAUAUGUUGGUUAUGCGGGGCGACACGCAGGCGAAUUGGUUGCAUAGUGUGCCUAAGCGUAAGGGGACGCACGGUGGUGGUGCUGCUGGUGUCAUGGGCCGGAUCAAUAUUACCUUUCGUAGAGCGGUGGUGCCUGGGGGCACGGGCAACUAUUAUCGGUAUAAUGUGGGCGAUGGGGUGGUUUAUCGGUGGAGGGAAGAGGAGGGGAAGAUGGUUGCUGUUGAGGAAUAGUCGACGGACUAUCUAGGUAUAACAUGCUGGACUGAGACGAUAGAUGAAGGAGAUACUUGAUCAGUGCGAAGCAAACGGGUUCCUGUAAGCCCGGAAGCGAUCUACCGGCUG